CUCAGACAGCGUCAGACCGAGGUAGGGGCUGCAGACGCGCUCCUUCUCUCCUCUGCGUGCUGUUUUUCUACCUCUGUCGUAAGCAACUGGAGAUCUGACCGAAGUGUGUUGCUGUGGACCAGGGCGAGGGAGAUUUUCCCUACAGCCAGCAGCAGGAUGCAUCUGGUCGUGGACUCCUGUCAGGAAGUUGUGCUGAAGAUGCUACCAUACUUUGUGGAUAAUGCAUUCAUCACACAGAGGCAGAUCUACCACAUUCUAAGCGAGAGUUUCUUGAUGGUCAAGGGGGCCGCUCUGUUUUUGCAGCAGGGCAGUUGUCCGCAGGGUCAGAGAGGUCAUCCUCACCACAAACAUGCAGGUGACUUACCUCAGCAUCUACAGGUGAUGAUCAACAUUCUUCGCUCUGAAGACCGCAUCAAAUUGGCAGUGCGGUUAGAGAGCGUGUGGUCGGACCGUGUGCGGUACAUGGUGGUAGUCUACACAAAUGGCCGUCAAGACACUGAGGAAAACAUCUUGCUGGGCAUGGACUUCAGCAACAAAGACAGUAAGAACUGCUCUAUUGGGAUGGUGCUGCCAUUGUGGAGUGACACCAAGAUUCAUUUAGAUGGUGAUGGGGGCUUCAGUGUGACUACUGCCGCGCACACACACAUCUUCAAGCCAGUGUCAGUCCAGGCCAUGUGGUCAGCACUGCAGAUUUUACACAAGGCAUGUGAGGUGUCACGAAGGUACAACUAUUUCCCUGGAGGCAUGGCACUCACAUGGAUGGGGUACUAUGAGAGCUGUAUCAGCUCCGAACAGAGCUGCAUCAACGAGUGGAAUGCCAUGCAGGACCUGGAAACAUUGCGACCCGACUCUCCUGCAGUCUUUGUUAACAAGCCAACAGAGAGGGAGAGAACAGAAUGUUUAAUCAAAACUAAACUCAGGAGUAUCAUGAUGUGCCAGGACCUUGAAAAUGUCACGUCCAAAGAGAUUCGUAGUGAGCUGGAGCGACAGAUGAACUGCAACCUAAAAGAGUACAAAGAGUUCAUUGACAAUGAGAUGCUGCUUAUUCUUGGGCAGAUGGACAAAGCCACGCUCAUCUUUGACCAUCUCUAUCUGGGUUCUGAAUGGAAUGCUUCAAAUCUGGAGGAGCUUCAGGAAACUGGGGUGGGCUACAUCUUAAAUGUCACGAGGGAAAUAGAUAACUUUUUCCCAGGAACAUUUUGCUACCACAAUGUCCGAGUGUAUGACGACGAGGCCACAGACUUACUGGCUCACUGGAACGAGACCUACAACUUCAUUGUCAAAGCAAAAAAGAAUCAGUCCAAAUGCUUGGUUCACUGUAAGAUGGGCGUAAGCCGCUCGGCCUCUACGGUAAUAGCAUAUGCCAUGAAAGAGUACGGCUGGUCUCUGGAAAAAGCGUAUAACUUCGUCAAACAGAAGCGCAGUAUCACCCGUCCCAAUGCUAGCUUCAUGAGACAGCUGGCGGAGUAUGAGGGCAUACUGGAUGCCAGUAAGCAGCGUCAUAACCGUCUGUGGCAUCCCGAUUCUGAUUGCGAUCACCCUGAUUGCCAGCAAGCAGCUGCCCCUUGCUGUGUGAACUCCGAGACUGUGGAUCAUGUCACCCCAGACCCCACAAACCCCAGGGUUACUGUAUGCUGUGAGCCUACCGCCCACUCCUCUCCAAUUAGCUUAGAUCUGGACCCCGGCCACCCGCAAAACUACCACUACUACUUCCGUCGCCUGUCAGACUCCGCCCUCGACAGUGAACCUUCCACGCCGAUCCAUGCACCGCCUCUGGGGGAUGUAGAUCGCGUCUACAUCGAGGUUGCAGAUGUGGAGCAAGAUGCGCUUCUUGAUGAUGAAACCUUUGAGGGGCGCGAAGGCCUUCCUUUAUCACAGUUCAGUGUUCCAGGAGAAGGCACAGCCGCUCAGACCUGUUCUCGAGGGGCGGAACCUCUGGAGGAGCUACGUCUACGGUUGGAGUUCAGCACAGUGGAAGAAGAGGAUGAGGAGGAGGCUCAGAAAGAGCAGGCUGAAAUGGAGGCAUUAGCAGAGGGAGCAAAGAAAGGAGAUGGGAAUGACAGAGGACGGCAAGAUAGUGAGGAGUUGUCGAAUGAAACAGGGAUUGAGCUUGCAAAUUUGAACCAUUUGUGCAAUGAGAACUCCAACAACAACAACCACCUCAGAACGCAACAAAAUCUCACUGAAAGUGCCCAUCUAAAGCAGGAUGCUAACCAGAGGAUUUCUCCUGGAUCGUCAUUUGUUUCCAAGCCCACUCAGGAUGCUUUGUUGGAGGCUAACAGACAAGGCCUUGCCCUUUUACCCAUCAGCAGUGUGCCCAGUAUCUCAAUUCAGACACAACCCUGUGCCAACUUGUCCGUGACAGCCAAGAAUGGCAAACUUGCCUCAGAUUUGUGCCUUGAUGCCAAUGCAAUGCCCUUAGGGCAUAAAGAUAAGCCAGAAAGCAAAUCUCUUGACCAAGUAACUGAUAACCGGACAAUACUGUUUGAAGCCAAAGGGGAAGGAGAUUCUGAACAGAAAGAGAUUGGUGCACAGGGUUCCUCUGCUCUACUCAGGAACGAAAGAGAGAUAAAGGGUUUGGAGAAGGCGGAGGCGUCUUGUUCUCCACAACAACAAGAGAGUCUGGUACAGCUGCAACGCUCCGGCCUUGUUCGCCGCCGAAAAGAGCGCUUGGAAAAACUUUCCGGUCUCUUUCAGGAGCGUGCACGUGCAAAUGAGCAACAGGGAGCUGGUUCAAGCAAAUCUGAGGAUGCAAUGAACAAUUCCAGUGAUUCAACCGGCACUCUCAACAGGCCGAUUGGAACACGGGCAGAUCUCACUACCGAAGUGGCAGUGCCACUGACGAAUGAGGCCUUGUUAGCAGUCCUCGGCUCGGGUGGUUUGACGCCAGUCUCGUCCCCGCAUGGCUCCACGCUCACCCGCAGCUCCAGCAGCGACAGCCUCCGCAGUGUCCGUGGCAAACCGGGCCUUGUGCGUCAACGUACGCAAGAAAUCGAAGCCCGGAUGCGACUUGCAGGACUUACUGUACCUUCUCGACUGAAGCGCUCCAACUCAAUCGCCAAACUGGGCAGCCUAACCUUCUCGUCUGAAGACCUGUGCUCGGCGUGCUCCUCUGAUGCAGGGACCCUUCUCAUGCUCUCUUUGUCCCCAGAACCCGAGAAUUCACUCAGCCCGGAAUGGGCCAGACCUUGGCCCUCUUCCAUCUCCUCAACCUCCACGAACAUGGAGGUCUUCAACCAAGGUGAAGCAGGACCUGAAGAGCCCAAGAGCUGACAGCAGGAGAUCCAGCUUCACCUGUAGUUCUGCAACAAUGUUACUCUGAGAUAUUUAUAUUUAUGUUUUUUAAACAUUUCAGCCACUUGAGAACAUCGGCCAUUCAAAGAACAGUGAAUGUGAGUGGAAGAGUAUCUUCUACAAAAAAAUUGCUUUGUGUUAUAAAUAUAAGCAUAACAUUCAAUGAAUAGGUAUCCACAAUCUUCUGGACAGGCUUUCGUUGCAUGGAACCCGAAUGGAUGUGUAUUGCACUGACUGAUGAACAGUUGACAAGGUUUUCACUUCUCUUCCUCUCUGCUGUUCUGAAGCAAAAUAAGCACUCGCCAUCCCAGCGGCCAUUACUUGAAAGCAUCAAAUUAGACUAUUGUGUAUGGUUUCCAUCAGCCCACCCAUUUAUCGCACCAUAAAUCACCUUAUUUGUGGCCCUGUAUGAGUCACAGAUUCCUUCAGACAUGGUCACACAUUUGAAAAGGGUUUUCAAAUCAUACACCCUGCUGUGUUCUCGCUUCCUGGCUGGAUGGUAAAAGGAAAUGGACUCUUUGCAGUGAUUAGAAAAGUUCUUUGUGUGCUGAUGGACUUUUUUUAUCAUUCACAGAGCACUGAUGAUUCACUCACAGGUUUCAAACUAAUACCUCAUACCAGUACAGUACUGUUCAUAAGCCAGGCAGAUAACGAAACAGGAGGACUGGCAGCACUUUAGUGUUUGCACACAGCGCAGAGUGUGUGGAGACUCAUUGGGAAAGAGGAGAUCUGUUUGGGAUUCUUCUUUCGGAUACUUGAUGAGGGUGAUGAAAGAAAAUCAGAGGCGACUUCAAGCUGCUGUUCUCCUUCCACUGAAAUGUUCAUACAUGCAGUUGCUAUUCUUAUGAAUGUGACUGUCCAUGUUGCUGUCAAAAUAGCAGUAGGGCUUUUGGGUAAUGUUUGGGUUACUAUUACUGUUACAGUCUCUAAUAGCACAUACAUGUACUUGUAAAGAUUUAAUAUCAACAGGAGCUCCUCCACUGUAGUUUCUCUAGCAGAGCAGCUUCUCUGUGUUUCCAAAUGGGAUAUAAAUCAGUCAUUUACCCAGGUAAAGAACGACUGUUAUUUGUUACAUGUUAUGGCUCUACUGUUCUAACUCGUUGUCCUGUUUGUACUUGCUGUCAGUUUUCCAUAAUGAAAUCAAAGUAAGGCAGAUUGGCCUUUUGAACCAAAUCUAUACAGAAGCAGAACUGAAGAAUGCUCUGAAACAAGAUAAGAUAACACUUAUAAGUCAACAGCUGUUCACCUCGGAGUGUGUGUAUCUGUAUGGGAAAAUCUCAUAUAAAGCAUAUCCAGGUUACAUUUUGCCCCUGAAUCAAAAGAGAAAAAAUAAGAAAUUAUAUUUUGUAUUUAGGAACUGGAAUUAUAUUUUUAUUAUCAUUUUACUUUUAUUUCUUUAAUUCCCAUUACCCACAAUCAUGAUUCCCUUUAGAUUCUGAUGAAUGCAGUGCUAUAAAAAUACUGUAGUACAAUUAUACAAAAUUUUUUAAAUUGGUAUAAAAUAAAAGCCAUACAACAGAUAUUAGAAUUUAUAAAUCAAUAAUAUAUAAUUUUUCAAUAUAGUAAAAAGAAGCGACAUUAUUUAAAUUGAAAAUCAAUUGGGGGGAAAAAAAGGAAUCAUUUUUAACAUAUAAGCAAAUAAUUGUUUCUUAAUUUUGAUUUUAUAGAUUUUAUUUGAUAUUUGGGUUGGAAAAUGUCCCAGACGUGUUCUUGACAGUGAGAUUUUCCUUUGUGUGUUUGUUUCUUUGACACUUGCCAUACCAGUUUAUGUGAUCACAAAAGCUUUGAUAAAUGCACCAAUCCAGCUCUUUUAUGACAUUUGUUCAUGUUUAAGUGUCAGUAGGCCUUUAUUUACCAAUCAGUUGGCCAAUUAAAGCUUGAGUUGAAGUACUUGAGGUUUAUUAUGCAGCAUACUUUUCCAGUAUUUUUUAAAUUGAUUUUGUACACGCAUCUAUGCUACCACAUUGAGUUUGAACAACGGAAAUGUGAAGUUUGCGAGUGUGUUCGAGUGAGCAUUGCCUUGCACAGCGGCUACACCAUUACUGUGAACUAUUUUGAACACAAUACCCUUUCAGAGAACCCGUGUGCACUUUGAUGUUAAAAACAUGAGCAGACUCAUAGUAUACACACGGUCUCCACCUCUACACACACAGAGCAAUACACUGUAUUUAAAUAUGUACGUUGGCCAUAUAACAGAAUUUCUGGGAGUUCAUGGUACUUGCAUCUAAAAGUCAACUUGAAUCCGUUCUCCUGUCCUUUAGUAGAUGGUUGCCUGAAUGAUUUUGGUUGACUGAAUGAGUAUCAACACUAUUUAAUCUUUCUUCUGGGCCCUGAAUAUAAAAACUGAGAGGAGAAAUAAGCCAGAAAGCUGUUUAGUGUCAUGAACAGUUACUUGCAUCCUUCUUAAAUGUGCCCCAAACCCUCUUCCUCUCGCUGAAGCCAUUUUGUGUCUGAUGCCAUAUUGAGGUAAAAUCUGAAUCAGAAAUUACAGAUUAAAUGUUAUUGGUUGCCUGCAUUGUCUUGUGUCAUCAACAUCAAGUGCCUUACCCAGAAGGACUGGAGGCAGUGUUCUGUGGUGACUCCCAUUUGAUAAUGUUGCCAGUUAAGGCAAAGGCCAUUGGGUUACAUGGGCACAUUUUAAAGCUGGCAGACAUUUUCUUGUUGUACACUCCUAAAUUUUAUUGUUGUAUUAGAGAAAAUAGAAACGUAUCAUUGAUACGUGGCAUUAUUUCCUUUUAAUUAAUGAGGAAGACAUUGCAAACUCAUAAAAGCUGUUAGAGUUGCCAAGUUUUAGAGGGUUUUCCUUUUCCAAAGGAGCGAGGAAAGAUUUUAUGCUAUUCAAGUAUGAAGUGAUAACCAAAGUUAUGCAUUAAGGAUCAAUAUUAAAACUGCUGUAGAUUCAAGCUAUUUGCUUGGGAGAGAUUGUGAUAGUGGCUUUUUUUUCAGAAUGUUACACUGGUCUGUUUCCAAAUCAUCCAUUGACUUUCCUCUAGUUGGAUAUUGGGCCUCUUUUUUGUGAAUUAGCAAUGCUGUUUCAAAAAAAAGUUGUGAGUGCUCGCUCCUCAUUCUUCCACCAUUGUAAUCGCUAUUAAGUAUGCAGUAAUUUUGUCCUUUGUACUGCAAAUUUGCUGUAGUUUCAAUGCAUAUUGCACUUUGUACAUUUUUGUUGAGAUGAUGUACUGUAUGUGUUUAUUAUGGGAAUAAACUUUUUCUUUUAAUCUU